CUUCGGUUUCUAUGCUCUCUUCCUCUUCUGAACUACAACCCUUUUCUCCACUUCCUCAUCCCCAAAGUCGAAUUUUUCAGUGGAUGUCGGAGCGAGGAUUCACAGGGAAUCGGAAUAUACCCCCCCUUUUCUCACCAAACAAACAAGACAAGUUCGACUUUUGCAAUUCCCAGUCUUCCUUAACCGCCAUUCAUUUCUUUUUCGCCUGAAAAGUAAGCGCCGAUUUUUGUUUUUGAAACCAAAUUUCAGUUGAAUUGGAGAGAUUGAUGAAGACGGAGGUUGGGGCGAGAAAAGUGUAGCAGCGGCGGCGGGGAUGGGCCCGGAUUCUGGCACGAGUUCCGACGGAUGGGGCCGCGCUCGGAGAGUGGUGGUUAAGGCGCUGGUGGUGAUCGGAGGCGCAGUCCUGCUUCGGCGUCUAACCAAGUCCACAACUCCUUGGGAACAUACUCGCAUCGUUGCUCGCUCCCUCAGUGGCGUAAAGUAUUCAAGAGAGCAAGCGUCCAGAGACCCCGAUAACUACUUCAAUUUCAGAUGGCUUUCAUGCCCAGCUGCAGAGAUGGUGGAUGGCUCAAAAAUUUUAUAUUUUGAACAGGCCUUCUGGAGAACUCCUCAUAAGCCAUUCCGUCAGAGAUUUUUCAUGGUGAAGCCUUGCCCAAAAGAGAUGAAAUGUGAUGUUGAGCUGAGUACUUAUGCCAUUAGAGAUGCGGAAGAGUAUAAGAAUUUUUGUGAUAGACCAAAGAAUCAGCGGCCACAGCCAGAAGAAGUUAUUGGGGAUAUUGCAGAACAUUUGACAACAAUAUAUCUAAAACGAUGUGAACGUGGAAGACGCUGCUUAUAUGAAGGUUCAACUCCAUCAGAUGGAUUUCCUAAUUCUUGGAAUGGUGCGACGUACUGUACCUCAGAACUUUCAGUAUUGAAGAAUGAUGAGAUACACAGCUGGGAUAGGGGCUAUGAUGAUGAUGGAAACCAAGUAUUAAGGUUUGGGGAGUGAAAGGAGGUCCUUACGAGUUCAAGCCUGCACCAGCUUCAAAUUUCGCUGAUAUGUUCUCUCCUUUAAAUUUUCCUGCUUCCAUGGAGAAAAGGAUAGAGGGUUCAUUUAUUCUCCAAGAAUGAUUCUGUUAUUCGCAAUCAUCAUAUGUAAAUCCAAACUUCUUUUUAGUGGACGUCAAAUUUCUCAA